AUGUCCCUGGAGCGCCCAUCCAGGCCAUGCUGUGCGUCUGGAGCGUUUCUGGGCGAAAUCUGGCUGCAGCGCCGGCGGGCGAGAUACACGGUGCUCCAGUUGAAACGCCGCCUGCGAAGCCAGCAUGGCAUCCCAGUCUGCCUUCAACAGCUCCUACAGGUUGGUCGAUGCUUGGGGGAUUCUGAGCCUCUAGUCGGGCCCGUCGACCUGCAGCUGGUGCUGUUCUCCGCCCUCAGCCCGAAGCAGAUGUCUGAGGCGGAGAAGGAGUUUCUUGAGUUUGCUGUCGACGUGGAAAUGGGCCGUACUCUGCUGGCAUCUGGUGUUGACAAGGAUGCCGACAAGAACUUGCGGAACAUUUCCGGCGUGACCGCUCUCGUGCGCGCAUCUGUCAAGUGCCACAUCGAGAUUGUGUGUUUGCUGCUGGAAGCUGGUGCCGACAGGAACUUGCAAGACAGGUCCGGCGAAACUGCUCUUACGCACGCAUCUUCCACGGGCCAUGUCGAGAUUGUACUGGGAGCCAAACGGGCAAAACUUAACCUCCAAGCCCGAAGCGGGCUAUUGCAGGAUUGA